GCCCCGCCCCGCCGCGCCCCGCCUUCCAGCCGGCAGGGCCUCUCGCGAACAUGGCGCUCGUCCCGUGCCAGGUGCUGCGGGUGGCGAUCCUGCUGUCCUACUGCUCUAUCCUGUGCAACUACAAGGCCAUCGAGAUGCCCUCGCAUCAGACCUACGGCGGGAGCUGGAAAUUCCUGACGUUCAUUGAUCUGCUCUCUGCUCACUCAGUUACCAGGCUUGAAUGCCCCACGUCGGGCUCCCUGCAUGGAGCCUGCAUCUCCCUCUGCCUGGCCCUCAGCACUUUCAUGCCAAGCUCCCGCAAUAUUGUUGCUGGAACAUGGUAUGAUUGCACCCAUUCCUUUGUCAUCCAGGCUGUCUUUUUCGGCAUUUGUGUGCUGACUGAUCUUUCCAGUCUCCUGACUAGAGGAAGUGGGAACCAAGAACAAGAAAGGCAGCUCAAGAAGCUCAUCUCACUCCGGGACUGGAUGUUAGCUGUACUGGCCUUUCCUGUUGGGGUUUUCGUUGUAGCGGUGUUCUGGAUCAUUUAUGCCUAUGACAGAGAGAUGAUUUAUCCGAAGUUGCUUGAUAAUUUUAUCCCAGGGUGGCUGAAUCACGGAAUGCACACAACAGUUUUGCCCUUUAUAUUAAUCGAGAUGAGGACAUCACACCACGCGUAUCCCAGCAGGAGCAGCGGACUCGCCGCCAUAUGUACCUUCUCUGUUGGCUAUAUAUUAUGGGUGUGUUGGAUACAUCAUGUAACUGGGAUGUGGGUGUACCCUUUCCUGGAACACAUUGGCCCAGGAGCCAGAAUCGUCUUCUUUGGGUCUACAACCAUCUUAAUGAACUUUUUGUACCUGCUGGGAGAAGUUCUGAACAGCUAUAUCUGGGAUACACAGAGAAGUAUGGAAGAAGAAAAAGAGAAGCCUAAAUUGGAAUGAGAUCUAAGUCUAAAUGAAAGAGCUGGAUUGAGCCACCAUUGAAGACUGGUUACCCCCUGGGCAUUGGCAGUACAGGAGAGGAAGCAUCCAAGAGAGCUGUGGAAUUCACCUCUGCCUCCCUGCCCCAGAGGGGAUUGGGGCACCUUGAUAGAGAAAUAUGUAUAAGAAUAGAAUACAGUUAUAUCCCAAAUAACCUUCUUUAUGUUUUAAAGAAUUCUUUCCAAAUUCAUUAUUUAUAAAUAACAUCCUUUUUACCCCCUCUUCUAGUUUUUAAAACUAAAAUUGGUCAUUGAAUUUUUAAUUUUUGCAAUUAAAUGGAAUUUUGCAAUUCCAUUUAAUUGAGGAAGAAUAAAACUGUAUUGUGUUUUUUGUUGAGAAAUAUGUGAAAAUCAAAUGGGCAGGUGUAGAGCAAUGCAUUUGAGUACUGAGUCCUGCUGGAGGCUGGGAUAACGAACCUGAGCUGCAGGGCAAGUCUGAAGGAAAUAUGAUGGAUGUUCCCUAUUGCAAUAAUGUCACAAUUGCCUCAAACAGGCAAUGUUAAUAAUAAUUACAUCAAUUUAGCUAAAAUCCUGAGUGUAUUUAGAUCUCAUGACUUAAUCUUGUGGAACUUUUCCUAUAUGCAAACUGAAACUUUAAUAAAGACCAAGCAAUCCCAAUGUGAUUAUCUGCA